CUUGGUAAACGAGAAGGAUUUUCAUAGAGAUGCAGGAAGGACAUUUCAAGCAGAUGGAAUGGCUUAAGCCCUUUCCAGAGACAUGUGGGAGAGCUAUACAAUUGGAUUCAAGUCUCAGAAAUGUGUGGAUGUAAAACUGUCCCCCAGAGAACCAGUCUUAUAAUUUGCUUGCUCCUUACUCAGUCUCAUCCAAAGUUCUUUCACAUCUAUUAGCUAACUGUGUAAUUGUGUUUUUUUUUCUUUUUUUUUUCUAUUUAUUAAUCACAGAAGCAGAAUGAGCAGCCAGUCUCCAAAGGACAUGUCUGAGACCCACAGCAGUCCCCUCCUAGUAGACUCUCUCUCUGACAGAUGCAGACUUUAUGAGUCAGAGUUCAUGUGUCCAACAUGGACCCCACGCUCCCCAGACACCCAUCCAGGUCUUCCUCUCCUGGAAAUGCCAGAAGAAAAGGGUCUCCGGUCAGCCAUGGAGGACAGUCCCAUGGUGAAAAUUGAAAAACCCAAGAGAGAAAGAAGAGAAAACACCACAUCCUAUCGGAACUCAGCCUUUCAGGAGAGCAACAUCAGCCUCUUCACAGCAGUGGGCUACCUCACUGGUGAGAUGAAAGAGUGCGGCAGCUGGAUCAAGGAUAAGCCAAUGGCUGUCCAGUUCAUCGACUGGGUCCUGAGGGGGACGGCACAAGUGAUGUUUGUAAAUAACCCAGUCAGUGGAAUCAUCAUUUUCAUUGGACUCCUCAUCCAGAAUCCCUGGUGGACAAUCACUGGAGGCCUGGGGGCGGUGGUUUCUACCUUGACUGCCCUUGCCUUGAGUCAAGACAGGUCUGCCAUUGCCUCAGGACUACAUGGGUACAACGGUAUCCUGGUGGGACUACUGAUGGCUGUCUUCUCAGAGAAACUAGACUACUACUGGUGGCUUCUCUUCCCAGUUACCUUUACCGCCAUGACAUGCCCAGUUCUUUCCAGUGCCUUAAGUUCCAUCUUCAGUAAAUGGGACCUUCCAGUCUUCACACUGCCAUUCAACAUUGCUGUGUCACUGUACAUGGCAGCCACGGGUCAUUACAACCUCUUCUUCCCUACAACUUUGGUGCAGCCCAUCACCUCAGUGCCCAACAUCACCUGGGAUGAGAUUGAAGUACCUCUGCUCUUACAAGCCAUUCCCGUGGGGGUCGGUCAGGUGUACGGCUGCAGCAAUCCCUGGACAGGCGGUGUGUUCCUGGUGGCUUUGUUCAUUUCCUCGCCACUCAUUUGUCUCCAUGCGACUAUUGGCUCAGCUGUGGGCAUGCUGGCAGCCCUGACAGUGGCCACACCCUUUGCAACCAUCUACAUGGGCCUGUGGAGCUACAAUUGUGUCCUCUCUUGUGUUGCCAUUGGCGGGAUGUUCUAUGCCCUCACCUGGCAGACACACCUCCUGGCACUCAUUUGUGCAUUAUUCUGUGCCUACAUGGGAGCAGCUCUCGCCAACAUGAUGUCAGUGAUUGGCUUGCCACCUGGUACCUGGCCCUUCUGCCUCUCCACCCUCAUUUUCCUGCUUCUGACAACCAACAAUCCUGCCAUCUACAAGCUGCCACUCAGCAAAGUCACAUACCCAGAAGCCAACCGGAUCUAUUACCUGACAGUGAGAAACAUAGAAGAAGAGAAACGCCCCACUGGUGAUUAGUCUGGGCCCCAUUUUUAAAAAAAAGUUCUUUUUUCUGUGUUCUCCCAUGUCAUCUCCUUCCAAUGUUAAACACAUGCAAAUCAUCUAUUACAUCCCAUGAUGCUAAUCUCUCUUUACCAUCUCAUAUUCGUGUAACAACCCUUAUCCCCACCACCAAAAAAAAUCUGUAACUCACUUUUCAUUGAAGAUGAUUUUUUCCUCCCUCUUUCCCCUUAAUUCCCAUAGCCAUUCAUCAUCCUAUAUUAGUGAGAACUAGUAAUGAGCUUGCUGUGGUUAAAAUUAAGAAGGGCAUUUAAAAGUUCAUUGACUUAAAACAAACAUUAUUUUGUCUCUGGAAAGGUGAUUAAGACAUAAUCCUAUUGGAGUAUUUAACUGGAUAAUAAAUGUUAUAAAAUCAAGCUUGAUUCUCUAUCUAUAUGAAAUCACUAGGGAGACAGUGGUACACAUGUCAAGAUAAGAAGCAUAUAUAUGAAUUUCAAGAAAAGGUUUGUCCCUUAAAGGGAAACAUUCCAUCCUGGUCCAUAUGUUUUAAGCCAGAACUGGGUGAUUUUGCACAACAGAUCUGAGCCAGGAAGAGAAUCUAAAAAUUCAAGUGAUUUUACAUAUAUUCAUAUAUAUAUAUUAAUUUUUUUAAGAGAUGAGCAUUAAAGAUUAGCCAACUCUCAGUAGCAGAAAGGAAAGCAACAAAUCCAUUAAUCAGAAUGUUAUUUAUAUAUCUAUUCAGGAUGUUAAUCAUUUGUUAGCUUAAGUCAAAUGUUUGGGUGCAGUUGUCAGUCUGAGAAGUUGUUGACCUAGUCUAAUAGGAGGAAAUUCAAACUGACUUAAAGAAACUCACAUUUUAAUCAAAGGUCAUUAGUGAUUGAAGAAAGAGGUAGCAUCCCAUUUAUAACCAAAGAGCAGCCCAGGGAAGUGUGCUGGAUAUGAUCAGAUAGCUUGAACUAAAAAUUUAGCUUACUUUCCCGUGUGACCUGAGGCAAAAUGCUACCUCUAUACACUCAGUUUCCUCAGCUGAAACACACACAAAAAAAUUGGAGUAAAUAAUCUCUAAAGUGCCUACUAACUCAAAAUCUGCAAUCUUAGCCUUAACACUAAACUUUCAUUUAUUAAUUUUAUAAUUGUUUUUCCUUGCCAUUAACCAGAAUUUAAUCUUUACUUAUAUCAAAUAUGCAAAAUGCAAUGGGGAGGGAAGGGGGGAAACCAGGCAGCAUUCAUUCUGUGGAUCCAGCAACAUGGUCUGAAAGUCUGGCAUCCAUAACAAUAAGUCUCAUUUCUAAAUAUGAGGGCAAGGAAUGAAUCAAAACUAAGGCAGUCUCAUACCAUGGGUAAUUGAAUAGACAUUUUUAAGAAAUAAGAGAAAGAAAUAAAAAUAAAUAAAUAAAAUGUGCCUGUAACAAGGAAG